AUUACCAGGUUCCUGUCUGUUGGCCGUUCGCCAUGACUUUGAACAGCUAGAGCAAACAUGCAAUUCCCAACGACGGCGCAAUCAUCAACUUGCUCCCUUCUCAUGCUACUCCAACUGCAUGCCGCGGCAGCAGCGCUCUCAAUUCCUUCCCCAAGUCCCCUCUCCAGCCUAGCCACCGACACCGGGAUACCCAGCCAGAACCUUCUAACCUACCUCUCCACCACCCACGAUACUUCACCUCCCAACUCCUUCGCUCUGUGCACCACCAUCCUCUCCCGUGAUAAAGCCGCCCUCCUCCUACCAAACGCACGCAUCCCGCUGUCUUCGGCAGGUUUCAUCGACUGCUUCCUCGAGAAGCCACAAGGGCCGCAAGCAGAAGAAGACAACCAGCACCAACAACUGGUCUUUACAGGAAUUCCGGCGGGAUGGCAAUUUAGUAUCACCGAUAUUACGGUCGGUGGGUGGUUGGAACUCGAAAGGGGGGGUUUUCUUGAGAGGGUUUCGCUUUCUCUUAUCUAUUCAGUCGCCACUUCCACCGAGAAGAUUGCUGGUGUUGGUGGUGAUAGUAGCAGCAGCAUGGGACACGAUAUGCACAACAGUCAAGAAGAAGAAGUCCAAAGAGAUAAGGGGUGGAAAUGGAAAUGGGAUCUCAUCAAAAGAAGGGAACGCAGAAAACCGAGUAAAGCAAUGCCAGGAACCAAAGGUGGAAGUCAAGCUCUCGUCGACACAGCAACAGCAAUAGCUCCCUACGGCCGUUUCGGCACCGGAUACCGAGGGGGGUUCAACUUGUCUAUACCUGUCAAGCCCUCCUCAGGCGCCAGCAAGAACGGGAAGAGAGAGCAACGACUGGCUGUUUCAUCGUGCUCGACGGGUACUGAGAUGGAGGUUAGGUUGGGCGCUGAAUUGUGGAUUUCGCUUUCGAGUGAGCAGAUUGAGUUUGAUGAUACGGUUGUUCAUCGGGGGAGGCUGGGUGGUGAGCUUGAAGAGGACCCGGGAGAAGGCGAUGGGCGGCAUCAGGGAUGGGAGGCGUGUGAGAAGACGUUGCGGGUAGGGAUGAGAGGGGAGUGGAAGAGGUGUUGAUGGAGGUUGCCUGAUGGGGAGGUGACUUGUGUUGAUAGUGGUGAGGCUGGAGCGGUUGAGAAGGGGAUGAGUAUUGGCGGAUGGAAGGUUGCUGGGAGGUGAGGGAGUGGAUUAACGAAGGACUUAUCUACGUUGAAUGGCACAGGAGUAGACGAUGGAAUAUGGCGUGUUCAGGGGUUAGGUAUUUAUUUGGGC